AUGCCAGGCAUGCAGUUUCCGUAUCCCCGAAAAUCGUCCACACCCUCCGCCUACACCUCCACACGAUCCUCCUCAUACCGACAACGGCGAGCGCUGAAAACUUACGGCCCACCCUUUCUAGGUAUCGUCGCGCUGAUAUGGCUGUUCCUAUGGCUCUUCAGCGGCUCGUCGACCGGCGUGCGGAUACCGCCAGGGACACCUGAGGUGGUCAUAGUCACGACCCUGGACCCGAAACUCUCAGAGAAAUACAAAGAGGCGAUCAAGGAGAACAGAAGGCAUUAUGCGUCGCGACAUGGAUACGCGACCUUUUUCCCCAACACGACUGAUUACGACCUCAUGGAGAAGACGCCGCAGAGCUGGAGCACCGUCCCGGCCCUUCGACACGCCAUGGCGCUCUAUCCCCAUACCCCGUGGCUGUGGUACCUGACCUCGACAGCCCUGAUCAUGAACACCCGCGAGAGCUUACACGAUAAGCUCACUGAGCCCAAGAAGCUCGAAAGUCUCAUGAUCAUCGACAAACCCGUCGUGCCGCCGGACAGCGUCAUCAAGACGUUCUCGCACCUACACGGCGACCGCGCCGAGCUGAUCAUCACCCAGGAUAAGGAGGGAUUGGCGGGAGGCAGCGUGAUGCUGAAGUCAGGGGAGUGGGCCAAGUUCUUCUUGGAUGCAUGGUACGACCCGCUGUACCGCAGCUAUAACUUCCAGAAAGCAGAGGGCCAUGCCCUGGAACAUAUCGUGCAGUGGCAUGGAACUAUACUGGCGAAGCUGGCGUUGGUGCCUCAAAGGGUCUUGAACAGCUAUACCAGGGACGUGGGGACCAGCACCACAGAAGGCCUCUACCAAGAAGGCGACUUCGUGGCAAACUUCCACGGUUGCCAACGCGACCCCGCCAGGAACUGCGAGGAGGAAAUGGGUCCCUUGAUGUCCCGAUGGCGUGAGCUUCGCGACCAGGAGCGGAAACGAUAG